CCACGCCUGGACGACGAGAGCCUGGGGGAAUUCCCGGGCAGCAACAGCCGCGCGCGCAAGCGGAUCCUGGAGCCGGAUGAUUUCCUGGAUGAUUUGGAUGAUGAGGACUAUGAGGAGGAUACGCCGAAGCGACGAGGGAAGGGGAAGGCCAAGGGCAAAGGCGUCAGUGGGGCUCGGAAGAAGCUGGAUGCAGCGAUCUUGGAAGAUCGGGAUAAGCCCUACGCUUGCGACAUCUGUGGGAAGCGGUACAAGAACCGGCCGGGAUUGAGCUACCACUACGCUCAUUCCCACCUGGCUGAGGAGGAAGGUGACGACAAGGACGAUUCCCAGCCCCCGACUCCCGUCUCCCAGCGAUCCGAGGAGCAGAAAUCCCCCCCCUUUCCCAAGGGAAAGCUGCCAAAUCCCCG